CUGACACCAGGAUACUGUAGAUGAGCCAGCGACCUCUCAGACCUCUCUGGACUGUGGAUACGCUUUCAUCCUGCAGCUGAUGAUUGAUGCUUCUUUCUUCUCAGGACUCUGGACAGUUCAUCUGAGCGCCGUCUUCUUUAUUCCUGUUUUUGUUGAUCUGCUGCAUCAGGAUGUUUAACCCUGUCACUUUACAACAGCUCAUCUCCACCCUGUUUGUGCUCUGCAGUGCUGCAGUUAUGUCUGCAGAGGGUGAGUGUCCAUCUGAGUGCUCCUGUGCCCCCUCACCUCUGCUCUGCCCGCUGGGCGUCAGCUGGGUGACCGACCACUGCGGCUGCUGUAAAGUGUGUGCGAGGCAGUUCAACGACGACUGCAGCGCCACCGAGCCCUGUGAUCACAUCAAGGGGCUACGCUGCCAUCUUGGGGCUGGAGGAGAUCCCAAGAGAGGACUGUGUCGAGCUGAGGCCCAGGGUUUGCCCUGCGAGUUAAGUGGGCGGAUGUACCAGCACGGCGAGGACUUUCAGCCCAACUGCGAGCACCAGUGCACCUGUAUGGACGGGGUGGUGGGCUGCAUGCCCCUCUGUCCCCACAAAGUGCCUCUACCCGACUGGCGCUGCUCGUGGCCCCGGCUGGCGCGGCCUGAGGGCGGCUGCUGCGAGGAGUGGUUGUGUGACGAUGACAACCACAUCAGUGAGGAGCCAGAGGAGCUGACACACACCUCCCUACCAGACGGCCAGCCCCUUCUCAACCACAUCAGUGCCCUGGUGCCGGCCCCGCCUCAGCCCCCAGCUCUGACCAGAGGGGCCACGUUCAGAGAGAUGGUGUCCUUCCCCAUGUCUGAGUUAUUGCUCAAAUCCAGCUGUUUCCCACAAACCACUGCAUGGACUGAGUGCUCCACCACAUGUGGGAUGGGCAUUUCAAGUCGCGUGACCAAUGACAACCAAGACUGUCGGCUGGUCCGAGAAACCAGACUGUGCCAGGUCCAACAAUGUGAGCUGCGGCUUCCUGUAGCUAGCAAGAAAGGGAAGAAGUGUCAGCGAACUGUCCGACCACAGCAACCAGUAAGUAUCACCUUCGCUGGAUGCUCAACAGCACCGCGGUACCGCCCUCGCACCUGUGGGACUUGCACUGAUGACCGCUGUUGUACACCCUCCCUCUCCCGUACCGUGCGCCUUCAUUUCCACUGUCCUGACGGGGAGAGUUUCUACAGGAACGUCAUGUGGAUACAGCGCUGCAGCUGCAGCUCGGGCUGUCGCACGCACAGCGAGGCCUCCAGCCCUUCAGUCAGCCUCCACAACGACAUCCACACCUUCAGGCACUGAGGUGACUCAUCGUGCCCUGCCCCUGCCCGGCACACUGGCCGCAGACUCUGCACCUAUCCACAGCCUAUCCCAUGCUUCCCUGUCAGUUAGAUGGGUGGGGACCUCUGAGUUCCUGCCACCACACUCCCUUCCCCACAACCAGGCAACACAAUUUCUAGCACUUUAAGCAUCCUGCCAUGAUAAUGUCAGUUUGCCCACACUAGAGGGGUGUUACCUCUCUAGUACCAGGGCAGCACUGAGGACGACAUACAGCAUUUUGCUGUGUCAGACUGCUGGCGGAGACUUCUAACUUUUAUUUAUUUGUCACUUUGUGUAAUCUUCAUUAUUUUGAAUCAGGGUGGAAGAACGAGAUGAUAUGAGACAUUCAUCAGUGAAUAUAGGGACUGUGUGUGUGUGUGUGUGUGUGUGUGUGUGUGUGUGUGUGUGUGUGUGUGUGUGUGUGUGUGUGUGUUUCGCUCAUUAUCCUACCACAGCAUAUAGUUAAAAACAUUCAGUGUACAGUAUAUAGAUAUAGACUUCACUGUCAAUGGUGGAGUGGUAAAUUCUAGGAUCACCUCAUUUUUCGGGGUGUGAUUUUAUUUUAGUUGAUUGGUGGGUUGGGGGGGGUCCUAGUGCCCCUCCCAGCAUGUUGUUCAGGUGAGUCCUUCAGAUUGUACAUACGACGCUUUAUUUCAAGGGCGCAAAUGAUGCUAUGAGACAUAUACUGUAAA